GACAGACGAUAUUACAAGCUUCCAGUUCCAAUGCCAAUUCCAGUUCCAGUUGAUCCCUCAACGUCGAGUGACCCAAGCAAAGUGAUAUUAAAAUUCUUAUUUUACGUCUCGCUCGCACUGCGCUAGUGAAAUCAGUUUUGUUUAUUUGUUAUUUUGAGGUAAAUUUGAUUAGAAUAUUAUUAUGGCGGAUCAGAACGAAGUUGUUUGCGGCGGCAUUUCGCAGCUGACCGGCGACGCUUUCCAGCAGGCCUUGGAACUGUUGGAAACAACACUGGAAACUUUGGCCACUGGUGAUGGACCCAGUUUUCGCGUUGUUAAAGUCCAAUCGGCUACUGCACAGGUGGUUGCUGGCCAACUCUAUCGCUACAAGGUGCAAUUGUCGCAGGGACAAGCAGUCAAGGAUAGUUCUGUAAAGAUCUGGUCCCGGCCCUGGCUGAAGGAAAAUGGCAUUAGCAUAACAAUCCAAUGCGAGGGCGAUAACAACGUGAUUGAAAGAACAUUCUAAACAAAUAUAAUCCACUCUCCGCGUGUUGACAGCACAUUAGCAUUUAAUAACUUCAUUUUUUGUUCAAUUAAUAAUAAAGCGUUCUACACUCAA